AUGAGAAACUCUUGAUCCACCAUAAUGUUUAAAUCUCUAGUUUUCUUAGUAAUUCUUGCCGUUAUUUACCCAGCACACACACUCAAGUGCUAUGAGUGUGUUAGUGAUCUUGGAGGGUCUGCCUGUGAUGCUGAAAGUUCUGGAGAUCCUGUUGAGUGUCCGGCUGGACAAUCUUGUUCUAUAACUACAGGAUUUAUCCAGGGUUUCGAGUUUGAAUUCUGGCAGCGAGGCUGCGCACCAGCCGAGGUUGAGGUUGGUUGUGGGGUCGUAGAUUAUGAAUCAGGAGAGAGUCUUACUUUCUGUGUUUGCAAUACAGACCUCUGUAACGAAAGUCUGGAAUCAGCUGGUAUUGAUGGAUAAAUUAGUUUUAAAACUGAAUAUUUUUCCAAAAAUAAAAGUGUAAUAUUUUCAAAAAAUAUUAGAAAUCCUUUAA